GUGUGUGUGUGUGUGUGUGUGUGUGUGUGUUGGAAUGAGAAAGUCUUGAGUUAAGCUGCUAUUAGUAAAUGUGCCCCUCCUCCUCUCCUCCUCCUCAGUGAGUAGUUGUACAUGAGAGCUGAGGAACAUCUGCCUCCUUUGCUGUGAGCACACAGAGGACAUCAACCUCAUCCUCCUUUUUCUUCUUCUUCUCCUCCAUCUUCCUCACUUCACAAGGAGGCGGCAAACUAUCACAAGCAAACUUUUCAGUUCUUUUUCUGUCACCUUUGGACCAUCACCUUCACCCCAUCUUUUUCAACUUCACCAUCUUGGUAAGAGUCAACAUGUUCCUGGAGAACAAAAGCAACCUGGACUUGGAGAUGUCGCCUCCCUCCGGGCCGGUCCACCAGGGCCGCAACAGCCUGAGGUCCACCGAGGGCGUCGCCGAGAACUUCGGCGAGCUGCGUCUGCUGCGAGGCAUCUCGGAGAGGAUGGAGACGCAAAAGCUGCAGCAGUCUGGCCAGUGCGUCAUCCACGCUGAGGGCUACCUUCCUGUUCGCCAAGAAGACGGGCACAAUUACAGCGUGGUCAACAUUCUGACGGGGAAAACAAAUUCAGCCAACAUCUCGGAGAGGACGCCCCUGCUCAGGUUCCCAAAAGACGACAGCAUGAGCUACUUGACGGUGCACAACCCCAGCUUCUACGGUGGGGGGGAGCCCUGGGACAGCAGCGCCAUGGACCUGGAGAGGCGGUACCGGCUGGGUAGCGAGGUCACCAGCCUGUCGCUGCUGCGCUCCAACUCGUCGGACAAGAGCGACGUUCUGGAAAACCUCAGCUUCAGCUUCAGGCUCACCAACAGCAUCAAAUGCUGCCUUAAAGUCUCCAAAGUGGCCAUAAUCUUCACUAUUGUGGUCCUGUGCAGUCUGUUCUUCAGCAUGUAUCCAGAUCGAGACAACCCUCAUAGGAUGCUGGCCGUGUCUUCCACCGACAGCUUCUCGAUGAACCUGACAGAUUUCCGGGACAACGCUCUGCUGAAGCUGCAAGUGGGAGGCCCUUUCGCCGGAGGGAUGGUGGACCUCGCCAACCAGGAGUACGUCCUGGUCCAGGUGGAGCAGACCGAUCCGCCCGGCCAGCGGAGGAGGAGGACUCAGCAGGUGGCUUACAACUGGACCAUUCCUCUGAACAGUGAGCAGAGUGACCAGGUGUUGCUGACCAGAACCUUUGAGAUGCUCAGCAGCGACCCCAUCGUCAUCACCAUCCAGGCCUUCUUGAUGGACAGCGAGGUGGUGCCGCUUUCCAUGAACUACCAGUCCCUGUAUGUCAACGUGGAGACUCAGGUGGCCAUCGCUGGAAUCAUCCUAACCGGCGUCUAUAUUCUCAUUAUAUUUGAGAUCGUCCAUCGCACUCUGGCGGCCAUGUUGGGAUCAUUGGCCGCCUUGGCAGCUCUGGCCAUCAUUGGCGACAGACCUAGUCUGGUCACGGUGGUGGAAUGGAUCGACUACGAGACUCUGGCUCUCCUCUUCGGCAUGAUGGUGCUGGUGGCCAUUUUUUCAGAGACGGGCUUCUUUGAUUACUGCGCCAUGAAGGCUUACCGCCUCUCCAAAGGCCGUGUGUGGCCCAUGAUCAUCAUCCUCUGCCUUAUCGCCGCCAUCCUCUCAGCCUUCCUGGACAAUGUGACCACCAUGAUGCUUUUCACACCUGUAACCAUCAGGUUAUGCGAGGUGCUCAAUCUGGACCCCAGACAUGUCCUGAUUGCAGAAGUAAUCUUCACCAACAUCGGCGGCGCCGCAACAGCUGUCGGCGACCCACCAAAUGUGAUUAUCGUGUCAAAUCAGGACCUGCGCAGAGAAGGGAUUGACUUUGCCAGCUUCACCGGUUACAUGUUCCUGGGGAUAAUCCUGGUCCUCUUCUGCUCCUUCCCCAUCCUGCGGAUGCUCUACUGGAACAAGAAGCUGUACAACAAAGAGUCCAUUGAGAUAGUCGAACUCAAGCACGAGAUCCUAGUUUGGAGACAGACGGCGCAGCGCAUCAACCCUGCGAGUCGGGAGGAGACGGCUGUCAAAUGCCUCCUGAUGCAGAAAGUCCUCAACCUGGAGAGUCUGCUUCGCAAGAUGAUGAAAACCUUCCAGAGACAAAUUUCCCAAGAGGACAAGAACUGGGAGCAAAACAUUCAAGAGUUGCAAAAGAAGCACAGAAUAACUGACAAAGUGCUCUUGGUGAAGUGCCUGUCCGUCCUCGGCGUGGUCAUUCUCAUGUUCUUUGUCAACUCCUUCGUUCCCAGCAUUCAUCUGGAACUGGGUUGGAUCGCCAUCCUGGGCUCCCUGUGGCUUCUGGUUCUGGCCGACAUCCAGGACUUUGAGAUGAUAUUGCACCGCGUGGAGUGGGCCACACUGCUCUUUUUCGCCGCCCUCUUCGUCUUGAUGGAGGCUCUGGCCCAGCUGCAACUCAUCGACUACAUCGGCGAGCAGACGGCCUCGCUUAUCAAAGCUGUGCCAGAGGACCAGCGCCUGGCCAUCGCCAUUAUCUUGGUGAUGUGGGUCUCGGCUCUGGCUUCGUCUCUCAUUGACAACAUCCCCUUCACUGCCACCAUGAUCCCUGUCCUCAUCAACUUGAGCCGGGAUGCAGACGUGAACCUGCCAAUAAAACCUCUCAUCUUUGCCUUGGCCAUGGGAGCCUGUCUUGGGGGAAACGGCACAUUAAUCGGCGCGUCUGCCAACGUGGUGUGUGCAGGCAUAGCCGAGCAGCACGGCUACGGCUUCUCCUUUAUGGAGUUCUUCAAGUUGGGUUUCCCCAUGAUGGUGACCACCUGCAUGAUGGCCAUGUGUUACCUGCUGGCUACUCACAUAGGACUGGGAUGGAACAUGUGAUCACUGGGAUGGAACAUGGAACAUGGAACAUGGAACAUGGAACAACGGCUUUAUCAUUGCUAAAAGACACAAACAGAACUUUUCCAGUGUUGGCCAGAAAGUCCAGGAGAAGAAAACUCUGCUUCUCCAGUAGACAUCUCUUUCAUCUUCACGGUGAGAGCACUCGUGCACACACCAGGCCACUUUUUUGCUGCACUGAGAACUCUGACACAUGCAGGCCCCGCCCACUUUAGGGUGGUUCCAGGCCCUGUCAUUGGUUCUUUUGCGUCACGUGACGGUAGAAAGCCUUAUUAGCGAAGAAUAUCUUAGAUUAGAUUAACACUUGUCAGUGAAGCUGGCAGGGAGCGUCAACAAAGUGACACACACACGCAAACACACGCACACACACACACACACACACACACACUCUUGUAUUUAUUACCUUCUUGAGACCUGCGAAGAAUGCUUUCUAGAUAUAUAAAGAUUUGUAUUUACAACAUUAAUAAUAUAUACAUACUAUGCAAAUACAAAAAGGCUGGUUGUGAAAAAUGAGUUGGAAUUUCACAAGAAAAAAGGUCACACUUUCACAAGACAAACGUAGAAAAACUUUGAAUUUUAGCAGUUUUAUAAUUAAAGUCGUAAUUUUACUCACCGCAAGUCAACAUUUUACAAUAAAAACUAAACAUUUGUGCAAUAUUAUGAUAAAAGUUUGAAUUUUACUAAAUACCAGUCGCACUCUUACAAGAAAAGCUUAACAUUUUGGCAAAUUUAUGAAAAGUCGUAAUUUGACUCGACAGCAGUCACAAUACUUCGAAGACCUCCUCAAUCCCACCAACAUGUCUUCUUAUGAGGAAGCAGUGCCUGGGGAAUCUGUGGUGGACUCUCCUAUUUCUGGGGCUGAGGUUGCCGAGGUAGUCAAAAAGCUCCUCGGUGUUAAGGUAGAUGAGAUCCGCCUGGAGUUCCUUAAGGCUCUGGAUGCUGUGGGGCUGUCUUGAUGACAAGACUCUGCAGCAUCGCGUGGAGAUCGGGGGUUGGUACCUCUGGAUUGGCAGACCGGGGUGGUGGUUCCUCUUUUUAAGAAAGGAAACCGGAGGGUGUGUUCCAACUAUCGUGGGAUCACACUCCUCAGCCUUCCCGGUAAGGUUUAUUCAGGUGUACUGGAGAGGAGGCUACGGCGGAUAGUCAAACCUCGGAUU